GAAAACAUGUUAAUCACGAGUUGAAAUAGUUUUCGUGGAAUUUGCUAAUAAUAAAAGGAAAUAAAAAUAUUUUGUGAUAAAAACUUUCUUCUUCCUGUUAAACAAAGGUUUAUCUGUUGAUGAGGAUUUUCAAAAAAUACGUCCUUGGUUCAAGAAAUGUACUCUAGUAGUAGAUGCCAGUACUUGUGGAGACUGAAAUAUUAAACAUGCUCAGAUGAAAGUGUUUUUUUACUCUAGUGAAGUUGAAAGAUAAACUGGUAUUAUAUCUAUUUUGAUGAGAGGUUUAUUAAUCAACAAUCAGGCAUCGAUGAAACUAUAAAAUACCUACCAAGAUAUCAUUUAAGUUUGAUGAGGGAGGAAGUUAACUCGUUAGGUUUUCGUUGAACAUCAAAUGAAAAUAUUAGUUUUAUCCCUCACUCAGAUAUGGAUUAUAUUUUAUUUGGUUCAUGUUACAAAACCUUCAGUUAUAUUAAACAGACUUACAAAUACAACGAAAACAGGUGUUAUCGAUUCACAAAAUAGUUCAAAACCAGUGUUUUAUAACCUUGACCGAUGGCUUGCUAACCAAGUAUCAAAAGGAAAGACUGUGCAAAGUAUUACGAUUAUACCAGUUCUUGCUAUUAUUGCUUUUGUAUGGAUUAUUUGCCUGCGCGUUUGCAAGUGGAUGAGAGAAGACUCUAAAUUCCAUGAAAGAGGAUGUAGUUAUGACGUCACAUCUUAUGUUAUUGUGACGCAGGAAGAUCAAGAUUUUAACGAUUUGGAUAUAUCGACCUCGCAUCUGGUGUAUGAUACUGUUACUUCGAAGAAAGGGUUGCAAAAUCGAAUCGAUCAUAAAAUGUACGAUACGGUGACCUCGUAUGCUUCGUUAUUGAAAUACAACACAGCUAUGAAUGCGCGAAGGAGUCCGACACCAGAAGUUCUAAAACCGGAGGUAACAAAAGGAACUGUUCAGAAAAAGGGCCGAUUUUAUAUUGCACCAGUAAUUGAUAAUUAUGUACGCUUGAAAAAUAGUUUGAACUCAAAAAAGUUGAAACACUCUCUGAAACAACCUAGUUUACAAAUGAGGAAUAUUUCAGAUUUAAGUUCAUCAAUGUCUUAUGAAAACAGACAAAUGAAACGUUCCCCACGACGUUCAGUGUCGGACAGUCGAUUGUUUUCAACAGGUUCAGGAAUUGAUAGAACGAACAGACGAAAUGUUUCAAUUCAAGUGAAAAAAGGUGUCAGUAAAUUGACAUUCGAAUCAGUUAUUUUACGGGAAGAUUAUUCAACCAAUAAACCUACAGAAUGUUCAACUGUAAACCCAAACGUGGGAGACGUAUACAUACUUAAUGAUAUUAAGGAUUUAAAUGAAAUUUGUGACUGCCCAACCGCGAUGAAUAAUAAUAAGUUUCAUACAACCGCUAUGAUACAUGCGAAUUGUUUAUCUAACGAAGAAGAAAUAAAUCAAAAUAGCAACAUAUCUGUGACAGAAGCACAUAAAACAUUAAAAUCUCUUGGAAAGAAGAAAGAGAAUAAUAAUGCAAUAUCACUCUUGGCGCUUUCCACAGACCUUGAUAAAUAUAAUGAAAACAUUCCAUCAAAAAAUGGACGACAGUGCAAAACAUGUAAAGAAAAUACAGCAAAUCCGAAUGCUUGCAGUAUUAACGUUAAUAAUAACCACCGAAACGAACAAAUAUAUACCUCAAAUUCAGAAUUGUCUUCCGGAUGUAAAACCACUGUCACAAAAAUUCGUGACCAUGAACAUGUUGAGUGCCAAUCAUGUACAACGAACGAUAAAAAGAAUUCAUAUCGGAUUUGUGAAAAUUGUACUCCUACGUCUUCCAAAUCUCUAGCAAAGGAACAUUGUUAUACAGGAUCUAACAUGCCUGAUCAGUUUGAUGGUUUACAACAGCAACCGUGUUCGUCAGGAAAAGUAUUAAAAGAAGAUUUUAGACGCAAUGACGAAUUUAUUAUGCAGAAACAAACCUCAGCUCCAAAAAAUAACCAUAUUUGUGAUGAAUGCUCACAGCAUAAGAAUUACACACUUUCAUCGACAUUCCAAAAUAAUUCAUGUCCAUGCAAUUAAAUAUUUUAAAGAU